GCUGCUCAUCUUCGGCGGGUUCGUGGCCGUGGUGGGGGCGGCGUUUUAUCCCAUCUACUUCCGGCCGCUGCUGCAGGUGGAGCAAUACAUAACUACUUAGCAAGAAACCUCCAGGAGAGGAGUUCUCUUCUUUCAAAUGAAGUGCUUUGAAGAAAAGGCUUCGUGGUGAUAGGUUCCAUGGGUGGUGGUUGUGGCUGUAUUCAGUUAGCUUGACAGUUCGGGCAGGAUGGGUCACCAGCAGCUCUACUGGAGCCAGGGCUGCCGCUCGUGCUGCCUGUGCUCGAACCGCCACGGCCUGAUCCGCAAGUGCAGGCUGAACAUGUGCAGGCAGUGUUUCUGCCAGUGUGCCAAGGACAUCGGCUUCAUCAAGUUGGACUAAACACUUCUUAAGUAGAUGAGCUGUCACAAGAAGACUUCUGGACAUAAUUCUCUGCCUAAUUUGGAUAACUGGGAAUGCUAAAUUUACCAAGUCUUUGACAUGCUAUUUUGUGUAUAAAAUAAAAUGGCUUAACAGU